AUGACUUUGAAUGGACGUGCGUCGCAGUCGAUGAAUUCACACACAGAACAUUAUUAAAAUAGAGAAAAAAAUAUAAGAUUUUUUGAAAAGUUGAGUUGAUCUUGAGAUCAUCUAGACACCUCCACUUAUUCUGAUCUAUGGCGACUUUGAAACAGAACAAACAGAACAAACAGAACAAACAAUUUUUUUUCUUUCCUUUUUAGUAAAAAUUUAAUCGAUCACUUUAAAAAUUUCUCUUUAUAUAAUCAAUCAAUUAUAUAAAUCAAUAAUUAAUCAACUGUAGAAUUUAUUUAUAUAAAUAUUAUAACUUUUUUAAAACCAUUUUUUCAUAUUAUUAGGAAUGACAAAUAAGUUAAUUAUUAAAAAUGAUAAAUAAUCAUUUUUGAAAAAUGAAGUGGUCAUAAUUACUAUUACAAUGUCGAAUAAUUAUAUGAGAAUAAAAUUUUAUUUAUAUUUGUAUAGAAUCACCUGCUAUACGUACUGUAUCAAAUGGAUCUUCAAUAUACUCUGUGAUGUAUGCUGGGUCUGGUAACAAAAUAACAAUAAAACGAAAAGCAGCAGCUGCGGAUGAUACAGAAGUAGGACAACAAGAUAUGGAUGGAAGCCCACACAGCUCUGUAGGAGGGGUAAAAUGUAUUCCAUCUUCCCACCUUAAAUAUGGGACCCCUUCUCAGAAAAAAUCUUCAAAAGGCAGCAAAGUAAUUUCAAUAGAUAUUCGUUAAAAGUAAAGAAUUUAUUUCACUUUAAACAGUCAUCAGCUUUUAAGAAACCAAGGUCAAAUUCUGCUCGAAGUAAAAGAAAAGGAUGUAGAUGUGGUAAUGCUACAGCAAUACCUGGGAAACUAACAUGUUGUGGUCAACGUUGUCCCUGUUAUGUUGAAAGUAAACCUUGUAUCGAAUGUAGAUGCAGAGGUUGUAGAAAUCCUCAUACAGCAGAUGGGUUGAAGAUUCGACCACAUAUACCUGAGUUACAUAAUUUACAAUUACAACUAUCAACUUCUUUGGAUUGUGAUGCAUUAAAUUCAGAUCCUUUAGGAUCAGUAUCACAAUGUCUCUCAACUUCUCCAACGACAAUUCAAGUAUUAAAUGUUUAUUCAACUCCGAGAUUAGAUAUUGAUAAUGUCCCACAAAAUCUACCUGCAGCCUUGUUAGUAGGAGAAGAUGCUAUGAUUAGUACUGAAAGUGAAGCUGAAGACAGUGAUAUACAAAUUGAUGUGUGACAAUUCAAGUGACAUCAAUUGUCAUGUACAAUAUAAUAAGGUAUGUAAUAUAAAUGGCAGUUAAGAUAAACAUUUUUCAAAUGUGAUAGAAUUCAAAUUACAAUCCAUGACAAGUAGACAUUACGCAAUUAAUAUAUGAACUCUUUUUAUUUAUACAACACUCAAUACAUAUUUCUUUUUUUUCAAUAUAUGUAUACAAUUUUCUAGUACUACUAUUAAUUUUCUAUUAUGUCAAAGUUAUAAUAGAAUUCGUAUAGCUAUGGCAUAGUUUUCUGUGGCAAUAAAAGGAGUCAAAAAUGUUAAAACUUGUGAAAUUUGUAUUUUUGGACACUUAAAAUUUUAAUGCAGCAUUAUUCUAUAAGCUUUCAUAAAUGAACAAUUAUUUAUGGUAAAUGAUGGGAAAAUUAAAAAAUGUAGCUGAAGUUCAUUUAAAAUUAGAAAAUUUUAAUUUGUUUUUCGAAAUACCAUUAACUUCAUCUACAUUUUUUUCCAUCACAUAAAUAAUAGUGUGUUUAUGGAAGCUUAGAUUUAUAAAAUGAUACUGAAUUAAAACUUUAGGUAUCCGAAAAAAUAUAAAUUUUGCAUCUUUUUAAUAUUCUCCUUUACAAAAAGUGAAAAACGAAUCAUGUAUAUGUAAUUGAUAAUUAGAUAAAUAAAUUUAUGUUACGUUAUAAUCAAGAUAAGAAACUUGAAAUUUUCAUAAGAAUAUUUCUUUAACUUUUAAAUUUCUGGACUAUAUUGUAUUAUGUUUAGAUCUAAUAAAUUUUUAUUAAAUAAUAUCUUGCUUUAUUUUGAUUGAUAAAAUAGGCUUUGUCUGUAGCUUUGUCAAGCAACGACAAGUAUUCAUUCUUGUAAGACUAUGAGAGUCUAAGACGAAUCGAAUACUAUAUACUUAAAUGGUCAAACAAAUAUGUCUUUAUUAAUGAAAUUAUUUUAAUGAUAUUAUUUAUCUAUAUAUUUAAGGCAUAAUUUGUAUAAAUAUAUAUACAUCUUGUAUUAUUUUACAAAUACUAUUAGAAAGACUUAUUUGUGACAAAAUAUUCUAAGAGAGUAAAUGUAAUUAAAUUUCUAUUAUAUUAAAGUUAAUUUCUAAUUAAUAAGAGCAAUCUAAUUAAAAUUCUUUUUAUAUUAUUGUUGUUGUUAUUAUUAUUAUUCAUAUAUUAUAAUCUGUAAUUUUUAAUUAUAGAUAUAA